AUGAUGUAUGGACAAGUCCUUCACCAUCAAAGCAGGGAUGAAGAUCUGGUCAACCUCAAUGUCGGAGGCAUCCAGCACAGGGUGGAGCGCUGCGUUCUGCUCCGAUUUCCAAAUACGCGCGUGGGCCAGUUGAUUCAGUGCUGCGGCGAUGCAGCCAUCCUGGAGCUUUGUGAUGACUACAGCCCUGCCGAGCGGGAAUACUACUUCGACAGGAGCCCACAAGUCUUUCACUGUGUCCUCAAUUUCUACCAUACAGGCCACUUUCAUGCACUGGAGGAGCUGUGUGUGAUUUGCUUCAGUCAGGAGAUUGAAUACUGGGGCCUUUGUGAGCUGGAUCUGGAAGCCUGUUGUCUUGAUUGGUUCCUUGAGCGCAAAGACGAGAGGGAUCAGAAUGUUUGUUGGCAGUCGAGUAAUGAUGCUUCAUUUGGAGAAAUCUCAGCUGUGAGCAGUGACCUGUGGAGGUUUGAGGGUACAUGGUGCUCCGAUAUGCGUAAGUUAAUGUGGCAAACUCUUGAAGACCCCAGUCACUCCAGAUGUUCCAAAGGUGUUGCUCUGGUCUCUGUCUUGGUAAUUUUGACCUCUAUCUUGGCGAUGUGUAUCCACAGUAUGCCAGAACUCAGGCUUGACACUGAUGGCGAGCAUUCUGAGCUAGACUCUCUAGAGCUGAUCUGCAUUAUUUUCUUCUCAGUGGAGUUUGCCCUGCGGGUCAUAGCAGCUCCUUGCCCGUGGAGGUUUUUGGGAAACCCUCUGAAUAUGAUCGACAUUGCUUCUAUCUUGCCUUUCUAUGUGACACUGGCCUUUGAAAGUUUGGCCGUAGAGAAUGGGGAGGAAAACCAAAGUUUGGUCAACAUGGGAAAAGUUGUUCAGGUUCUUCGUUUAAUGAGGGCCUUCAGGGUCCUAAAGCUUGCGAGGCAUUCAGAGGGUGUGAGAGCUUUUGGAGAAACUCUUAAUCAAUGCCAAUAUGAGGUGGGACUUCUCAUUCUUUUCAUUACCGUUGGAAUAUCAUUUUUCUCAACUUUGAUCUACUAUACUGAAAAGGAGGAUGGUUCAUCCAAACUAUCUACCAUUCCUAAUUGUUGGUGGUGGGCCAUUAUUUCUAUGACUACAGUGGGAUAUGGGGAUGUAUAUCCACAGACAGCAGCUGGGAGAAUUGUAGCUACCCUUUGCAUUCUCUGUGGUUUACUAGUAGUUUCUUUACCUAUCACCGUCAUCAUGAACAACUUUUCUAAGUAUUUUGAGAGAAAUAAUGCUAAACGGUGA